AUGAAGACUGCCUUUAUGGUGGCAGAAAAGCCAUCUUUAGCUCAGAGUUUGGCCAAUAUACUUAGCAAUGGAAAAUGCAUCACCAAUAAAGGUUCCAAUACAGCCUGCUCUGUUCAUGAAUGGACCGGUUUAUUUAAAAAUGAAUCGGUGAAGUUCAAGAUGACAUCUGUGUGUGGGCAUGUAAUGAGUUUAGAUUUUACUGGGAAAUUUAAUAAUUGGGACAAAGUCGACCCCAUUGAGCUGUUUAGUUGCCCCACUGAAAAGAAGGAGGCAAUGCCAAGACUCCAUAUGCCUGCCUUUCUAGCGCAGGAAGGCAGGGGAUGUGAUUAUCUUAUACUGUGGUUGGAUUGUGAUAAAGAAGGAGAAAACAUUUGUUUUGAGGUGAUGAGUUGUGUUGCUCCCUUUAUGAAAGGUGAUGUAUAUUCACCGCUAGUGACAUAUCGUGCAAAAUUUUCUGCUAUUACUGACAAAGACAUAAAAGCAGCAAUGUUAAAUCUUGUUAGACCAAAUGAAAAUGAAUCACGAAGUGUUGAUGCUAGACAGGAAUUGGAUUUGAGAAUUGGCUGUGCCUUUACAAGGUUUCAAACUAAAUAUUUUCAAGGCCGUUAUGGUGAUUUGGAUUCGUCCCUUAUUUCCUAUGGUCCAUGUCAGACACCAACCCUUGGAUUCUGUGUUCAGCGUCACGAUGAUAUUCAGACCUUUAAACCAGAGUCGUACUGGGUUUUACGAGUGACAGCUUCUACAACUGAAGGUCGAGAACUCCCAUUAGAGUGGAAGAGAGUCCGUGUUUUUGAAAAGGAUAUCGCUAAUAUGUUCUUGGCAAGCAUUAAAGAGAUAAAGGAAGCUGUAGUUGUGAACAUCCAAGCAAAAGAGAAAAUCAAAGCUCGGCCAGUGGCUCUAAACACUGUGGAGCUGAUGAGAGUGGCCAGUUCCGGAUUGGGUAUUGGACCACACAAUGCUAUGCAGGUGGCAGAGCGUCUAUACACACAAGGUUAUAUCUCAUAUCCCCGUACUGAGACGACAAGUUAUCCGGAAAACUUUGAUUUGAUAGGUGCUCUCCGCCUGCAACAGAAUUCAAACAAGUGGGGGGCGGACGUACGAGCGUUGAUAGCGAAUGGUAUCAACAAACCCAAGAAAGGGAAAGAUGUAGGAGACCAUCCUCCGAUCACACCAAUGAAACUAGCAUCUGACUCGGAGUUAGACGGCGACAUGUGGCGUAUAUACGACUACGUGACGCGACACUUUAUAGCGACAUUAUCGCGCGACUGUCGCUUCUUGUCCACGGUUAUAACCUUCGAAGUGGGAACGGAGACAUUUUCGUACACUGGCAACACUUUGGUCGAUCCGGGAUACACGGAGAUUAUGCAUUGGCAGGCGUUCGGUAAAGAUGAAUUUGUGCCUACCCUCAAUGUGGGAGAAGAGUUACGUGCCCACGAACACAGAUUGGUCGAAUGCCAGACUUCACCGCCUGACUACCUAACUGAAGCUGAGUUAAUCACAUUAAUGGAAAAACACGGUAUUGGAACGGACGCAUCGAUCCCGGUACAUAUAAAUAAUAUUUGCCAAAGGAAUUACGUAAAUGUGGGCAGCGGACGGCGGUUGGUCCCAACUAGUUUGGGCGUGGUUUUGGUGCAUGGCUAUCAAAAGAUUGAUCCACAACUCGUUCUACCAACUAUGCGUUCCGCGGUCGAAGAACAGCUAAACCUCAUCGCCGUCGGUCGAGCGGAUUUCCACGCCGUACUUUCCCAUACGACUGAGAUAUUUAGAAGGAAAUUCCAGUAUUUCGUGAGGAGUAUGGAGUCUAUGGACCAGCUGUUCGAAGUCAGCUUCUCCUCGUUGAAGACGAGUGGAAAGGCGCUGUCGAGAUGCGGAAAAUGUCGGCGUUAUAUGAGAUAUAUUCAGGCCAAACCAAUCCGUCUCCAUUGUUCGCAUUGCGACGACACGUAUACGUUGCCUCAAACGGGCACUGUACGUAUUUACCGCGAACUCAAAUGCCCCUUGGAUGAGUUCGAGUUGCUCUCGUGGUCCUCGGGCUCCAAGGGCAAGAGCUUUCCGCUUUGCCCCUACUGCUAUAACCAUCCGCCAUUUAGGGACAUGAAGAAAGGCUUCGGCUGCAACUCGUGUACGCACCCAACGUGCUCGUACGGAGUCAACUCCACGGGCGUGUCCGGAUGUAUCGAUUGCGAUGGAGUUCUGGUCUUGGACCCAUCUUCUCCGAGGUGGAAGCUCACUUGUAACCGAUGCGAUGUAAUAAUAAACGUGUUCGACGACGCGUCGCGCGUGACCGUAAGCGACCAGCAAUGCCCGGAUUGUGGGGCUCAACAGGUCACAGUGGAAUAUCGGCCCGAGAGGACCAAACUGCCCGCAGCCCUCACGGAGAUGACGGCCUGCCUUUACUGCGAACCCACUUUUACUGCAUUGGUGGAAAAGCAUCGCGCGGUGACGCAGCGAGGGGGCGGGGCCCGUGGGCGUGGCCGACAACGCAACAAUAAACAUCGGAACAAACAGCCCAAGGACAAGAUGGCGCAACUCGCCGCUUAUUUCGUGUGA